UUAAACAUCAAUUCAUAUUACUGUGUGCUUCGAUCAUUUCAUAUUAAUGUGUGUUGCUUCUAUCCAUUCAGAUUUAUAAUGUUCCCUAACUGCUUCAGAAAGAACAAUACUCUGAAGUUCUUCUUGAAAAAUAGUUCGUUGCAUGGAAUGAAAUACGUUGGUGAUGAACAGAAGCAUUGGUUUGAAAGACUUGCAUGGUGUAUCUUGAUAGGAGCAUUUGCAGCGUUUCCGAUCAAAACCGUAAUAGACAUAUGGAAAACCUGGCAAGACACUCCAGUUAUAAUAACGACAGUUAGUAGGCCUUUCACCAUCUCAAAGCUGCCUGUCCCAGCAAUAACCUACUGUCAAGACUUUCUCAUUUCAACUGAUACACGAAAUGGUAUUACCAACGGUAUGAAUAUGACGAAAGAAGAUAAAACUAUUCUUUGUGGUGUAAUGACAAUUGUUCUAGGAUACGGGUUUCAAUCAAAUUUGGACUGUGAUAAUUUUCUCGAUAAUUGGGGUGAAAAUCAAACUCAAAAUGGAAUCGAUGACAGAAGUUUUUACAGAAUGUUUGACAAGCUGGUGAUCACGGACCAGGAAUAUAUAAGGAAUGAUAAAACCCCUUUCAUGCUGGGUAUGCGGUUUGACGAACCUCUCAUUUGUUAUGACAUGUUAACUCAUAACGGAUUAUGCACCACCUGUAGCUCCUUGCCUCUAUCACAAAUUUACAGGAACGAUACAUUCCUUCAUUCCUUCCAUAAUAAUCCAGAUGAUUACGAAGUGAUAGCGGAUUUCACUGGAUUUCCAAUUCUUAAUUCAUCCAAAUUUGAUGUUCCCUAUCCAUCACUUGUAAGGAGACCAAUGAAUGGACUUUCUGUAAAUGAUUGGAACAUCACAAACUUGGAACGAGAUAAUAUAGAGAUUAAUCCUCGAUCGAACAGAUGGUACACGAUUCACAGCCCCUGGGACGUUCCCAAUCCUUUCAUGAGGUGGCAUUACAGCAAAGACUUUCGCAAUCAUGAGCUGCAGGUGUUCAUAGAACCAGACCAGACACUCAUUGAUGACAAUCUGAUGUUACCUGCUGAAAGUCGUAGGUGUUAUUUGCCCCAUGAAAAAAGACUGAAAUAUUUCAAAUAUUACACUUAUCAAAACUGCAAAAUGGAAUGUUUAACUGAUAAGGUUUUGAAUGACUGUGGAUGCGUUCUGUACUACAUGCCUCAUAAUGAGUCGACUCCUAUAUGUUUCGGAGAUCUUAGGUGUGCCGAUGACAUAUUAGACCAAGUAAAUGUGCAAAGGACUCUGACGUGUGAAUGUUUCGCUUCGUGCAACCAAACUGGUUACAAAUUCGUUUCUCUUGAUGCAAUUCCUGACAGAGAUAGUAGCAGAUUGAUUGUUGUUUUUAUUGAUGACAUAUAUUACCCUCAAGUACGUGAAGAAUCUGACACCCUUGAAAGUUUCGUAGAGACUUCUGUGACCUACCUGGACAUGUUCCUUGGCCUCAGCCUGAUUAGCAUUGUUGAAAUUCUGUACUAUUCGAUUUUGAUGCUUUUAGAAUUCUUGAUUGUUGAGAAUGUUGGCAAAGCAGAUUGAUUAUUCACAUCUGAAUUUAGAAAAAAAUAGUUUUUUAGUAUUAUCUUAUUGAUUUUUAUUGUCUCUGAUAGUUAUAAUACAUAUUAAAUAAAAACCCAUCCCAAAAUGUAGGCCUAUUUAGCACCAUAACUUCUGUGUAAUUCACUAUCUAAAAUACAUAUCCCGUUUACUUGAUUGCAACUUUUAUCUUAGUGGAUAGUGAAUUUAAGAGUUUCAUCAGA